CCUCCUCCUCUCCUCCUGUCAGUCGACUUGUUUCGUCGCUUGUCAGUGGCCGUGCGCGACGCGAACAUGGCGGACACAGCCAGCGACCCUCCGCCGGAGCGCACCGACUUCCAUGAGGUGGAGGACGGGAAGGACCUGUUCCCAGAGCCGGCGGACGCGCAGGAGUCCCAGCCGGCCAGUCUACCAGCCGAGGACAUCAGCACCAACUCCAACGGACCCAAACAAGACUCUCUGUUUGAUGAGGACCCUGAGGAUCUGUUCGCUGAGGCGACAGAGGAGGUUUCGUUGGACAGUCCAGAGAGAGACGUCCUGCUGUCCGACGGCCCCUCCCCCGCCAUCACCCCCAUAACUCCUCCCACCUCCGUCAUCACCCCUCGCAUUGGCCACGCCCACGACGACAUGUUCACACACUCCUCAUUCGACGAGAUUGAGGAGGAAGAAGGCGGCGACUCCUUCGACAUCCACAUAAACGUGUCCGACCCUGAGAAAGUUGGUGACGGCAUGAACGCGUACAUGGCCUAUAAAGUGACGACUAAGACGUCCCUGUCCCUGUUUAAAAUGAAGGACUUCUCAGUAAAAAGGCGUUUCAGUGACUUUCUGGGGCUGCACAGUAAACUGGCCUCCAAGUACCUGCACAUAGGCUACAUCGUCCCCCCCGCCCCGGAGAAAAGCCUUGUGGGGAUGACCAAGGUGAAGGUGGGGAAGGAGGACCAGUCGUCCAACGAGUUUGUGGAGAAGAGGAGGUCGGCGCUGGAGAGGUAUCUGAUGAGAACGGUGAAGCAUCCCAUCCUGCUGAAGGAUCCUGACGUGCUGCAGUUCCUGGAGAGCUCUGAGUUACCGCGGGCCGUCAGCACCCAGGCUCUGAGCAGCGCUGGACUCCUGAGGAUGGUCAACAAGGCGGCCGACGCCGUCAACAAGAUGACGAUCAAGAUGAACGAGUCCGACGCCUGGUUCGAGGAGAAGCAGCAACACUUUGAGAAUCUGGACGUUCAGCUGAGGAAACUUCACAUGAGUGUGGAGUCUCUGGUCUGUCACAGGAAAGAGCUCUCCGUCAACACGGCCCAGUUCGCCAAGUCGACGGCCAUGUUGGGGAACAGCGAGGACCACACGGCUCUGUCCCGGGCCUUGUCCCAGUUAGCGGAGGUGGAGGAGAAGAUGGACCAGCUCCACCAGGACCAGGCCAACGCGGACUUCCACCUCUUCUCUGAGCUGCUGGGGGACUACGUCCGCCUCAUCACCGCCGUCAAGGGUGUGUUUGAUCAUCGGAUGAAGACGUGGCAGAAGUGGCAGGACAGUCAGAUGCUUCUGCAGAAGAAACGAGAAGCAGAAGCCAAACUUCAGUUCACCAACAAACCGGACAAGCUGCAACAGGCCAAGGACGAGAUCAAGGAGGAGAUUGAGGAGCUGGAGGGGAAGGUCCAACAGGGCGAGAGAGACUUUGAGCAAAUCUCCAAAACCAUCCGUAAAGAAGUCAGUCGCUUCGAGAAAGAGAGAGUGAAGGACUUUAAAACGACUAUAAUUAAAUACCUGGAGUCUCUGGUUCAAACACAACAGCAGAUGAUAAAAUACUGGGAGGCCUUCUUACCCGAGGCGAAGGCCAUCUCAUAGAGUCGACACGGGCUCCCGUCAAACUACACUACCCACAAUGCACCUGCCCCCUCCUCCUCCUCCUCCUCCUGUUGAAGAUGAAGAAGAAGAAGAGACGAGAGGCAGCCAAUCAGCUCAAAGUGACUUUUCUGCAGUUAUAAAACAAAACCAAAUUUCCAUUUCCUCUUUUAGUUUUUUAGUUUUUCGUCGACGUCCCCAUCGAUGCAGCUCAGACGCUCUGAGUCUACGGAGUCGAACCUGGUGCGGGUCCUUUAACGCUGUGAAUGGGCGACUGGUGAAGGCUUUUAAUAUUUAAGGUUUCUUUUAAAGGACAAUCUUCUCCACAUGUUCACACUUCAAGGUAAAGUUUAGUCUGAGAGGACGCGGAGGUUCGUUCCCACCAAGAAAAAAAUGAUAAAAAUGAUGAUUCGUAGUGAAUCACGGUUUUAAAUUCAAUUACCUUUAAAUUUCUUUCCUUCCUUCCUUCCUUCCUUCCUUCCUUCCUCCCUCCCUUUCUUCCUUAUUUCCUUCCUUCUUUAGAUUUAUUUCAAAUCUGACUUGAAUUAACAUUAAUAAUCUUUUAACUCUUUCAUGAUAUUUGCUUAAAACUACAAUUUGCAUUUUCACAUUUUAAUUCACAAUUUUUUCUUUAAGUAAAACUCCAACAUUUAAAAUAGUGACUGGUUUAAUAAAUGUUUCUGUGCCGUUUAUAAAAGCAGAUGAAGGGACUUUAUUUCUUCUACAUGUUUUCUUGGCAGGAACGAGCUUCCACACGUUGUCUCUAAAGACUACACUACCCAUGAGCAUCAGGGAAUCAGAGUUAUCAAAUUAAAUACAUUAAUUAAUUAACAGUGAAUUUAUCCAGAGGUUUUUAAAGUCCUUCUACUUCACUCCACUUCUUCCUGAAUGCUUCCUGAUUGGCUGGUUCCUGCUGCAGUGGGUUAUGGGAGUCGUAGUGUCGUUUUAGGGUUGAAUUAUUCUGUGGAGAGUUGGUUUUGGAUGCGGAGCUGUGAAUCUGAUUUAACGUGUCGUGUCUUGUACGUCCUUCCUCUAAAAAGCCUUUUUUUCUUUUCCGUUGCUGAAUGAUCGUUGAGUGAAGGCAACACAGACGUUUAUUUCAAGAGAAUCGUCGUAGCUUAGCGUCCUCACAGCUGAUUUUUGGUUUUGUUUUGUUUUGUUUUUUUUGAAUAAAUGUGAAGUUAAUCAGGUGUCGGAGUGAGUGAGCGUCCGUCCACAGACUGACCUGCAGUUACAAACCUUCAAACGUUUCCUUUAAAGCACAUUCAACCUUCAGAGUAAAAUCCAACAUCACAUCUGAAUCACACGAUAUUUUACUUGAUUAAACCUAAAAAAUUAGAACUGGAAUCAUUUAACACUGUGGUGAUUGCUACCUUUAUCUUUUUUCUAUUUUAUUCCAUGUUGGAUAUUUGGGGGGGAUUUUGUUUUUUUUGCUGAUGAUGAAAUGCUUUAUCUGAGUUUUUUUUUUUUUAUCUUUUGUUUUGAUGUGACAUUCCAGCAGCAGACGUUUUAAUUACAAUAAAGGAAUCUAUCUGA